ACUAACGACACCACCAGUGGUGAUGCGAGCAAAAAGAGUAAAAAGACUACCACUGCAGAAAAUUUGAGAGCAUUUUAUGCUUGGCGCAAAAAACAAAAGUGGGGAGCGAUCCAAAGCCCCACCCCGACACACCCAAACCCUG